CAUGAGGACUUUUUCCUUCAGGCUGUGGGGUGUGUGCUGAAGCAACAGCUGUUGAACUAUGGCAUGCAUAAAGGUUUGGUGUUCUUUAGUCCUGAGCUUUUUGCUGCCUCAUUCUUAUGCCCAUAUGGACUUCUUCACUUCAAUUGGUCACAUGACAGACUUAAUUAACACAGAAAAAGAUCUAGUGACAUCACUGAAAGAUUAUAUCAAGGCAGAGGAGACCAAGCUGGAACAGAUCAAACAAUGGGCAGAGAAGUUGGAUCAGCUGACGGACACUGCUACAAAAGACCCAGAAGGAUUCUUGGGGCACCCUGUAAAUGCAUUCAAGUUAAUGAAACGACUUAACACUGAGUGGGGUGAGCUGGAGAAUCUGGUCCUGAAGGAUAUGUCUGAUGGCUUUAUCUCUAACAUGACUAUCCAACGCCAGUAUUUUCCUAAUGAUGAAGAUCAGGCUGGUGCAGCCAAAGCUCUCCUACGGCUCCAGGAUACCUACAAUUUGGAUACAGACACCCUCUCAAAGGGGAAUCUUCCUGGUGUAAAGCACAAGUCGGUCUUAACAGCUGAAGAUUGCUUUGAAUUGGGCAAGAUUGCAUAUACUGAAGCAGACUACUACCAUACUGAGCUGUGGAUGGAGCAAGCUCUGAAACAGCUUGAUGAUGGAGAGGUGUCAACUGUUGACAAAGUCUCCAUUCUAGAUUAUUUGAGUUAUGCUGUGUAUCAGCAGGGGGACCUGAACAAAGCAAUGACGCUUACCAAGCGACUUCUUGAAUUGGAUCCUGAGCAUCAGAGAGCAAAUGGUAAUUUAAAAUACUUUGAAUAUAUCAUGUCUAAAGAAAAAGAAGCAAAUAAGACUGCUACCAAAACAGAUAGCCAGAUUGACAAGGAAACCAAGGCUAAAAAAAAGGAACCAAACAAAGAUUACCUGCCAGAGAGACAGAAGUAUGAAAUGCUGUGCCGUGGAGAGGGACUUAAAAUGACACCUCGGAGAGAGAAGAAACUCUUCUGCCGCUAUUAUGAUGGAAACCAAAAUCCCAGAUACAUUCUGGGCCCUGUCAAACAGGAGGAUGAAUGGGACAAACCUCGGAUUGUUCGCUUCAUUGAAAUUAUUUCUGAUGAAGAAAUAGAAACUGUGAAAGAACUAGCAAAGCCAAGGUUGAGCCGGGCUACUGUACAUGACCCUCAGACUGGGAAACUGACCACAGCACAUUACAGAGUCUCUAAGAGUGCCUGGUUGUCUGGAUAUGAAAGCCCUGUGGUAUCUCGUAUUAACAUGAGGAUACAAGACCUAACAGGACUGGAUGUUUCCACAGCAGAGGAACUACAGGUGGCAAAUUAUGGAGUGGGAGGACAAUAUGAACCCCACUUUGACUUUGCACGGAAAGAUGAGCCAGAUGCUUUUAAAGAAUUGGGAACAGGCAACAGAAUUGCUACUUGGUUGUUCUAUAUGAGUGAUGUAUCAGCAGGGGGAGCUACUGUAUUUCCUGAAGUAGGAGCUAGUGUUUGGCCUAAAAAGGGAACAGCUGUAUUCUGGUACAAUCUUUUUCCAAGUGGAGAAGGAGAUUACAGCACACGGCAUGCAGCCUGCCCAGUACUAGUUGGAAAUAAGUGGGUGUCCAAUAAAUGGAUCCACGAACGUGGUCAGGAAUUCCGAAGACCGUGCACUUUAUCAGAGUUGGAAUGAUGCAAACUCCUUCCCAGUCCUAUACUCGUCUGUGUAAAAUGUGUCUCCCUGAUUAUCUUUCAACAAUUUUUUAGAAUUGACUAACACACACUCCACUAGAUUCAGUCUCCCGCCACAUCCAGUAUGUCAUCUGAAGAAAUACCUACAUUGUUUUAGUUCACUCUACAAUAUCCCUUUUAAAGUUUUAUAUAGAGAAUAUAUUGAGGGUUGUGGUUUUAGUUUUUCAAGAUAGAAGGACAAAAUCAGAGUCGGGGUGAUUUGAUCUAUAGUAUCCUUUACUCUGUAGAAUCUCUGAUCAGCAUGGAAAGUCAGUAUAUGACUUUAGUCCUCAUAAGCUUGAGUUUGCCAGUGUUAAAACAACAUGAACAAUCUAAUUUCAAACAGACUCCUUUGGAGGGUUGCAUUAAGCCAAUCUUUAGGCCUGUGGCUCCAAACUAUCAACUCUGUAGCGUGCCUGACCACUAGAAUUGAACUGUGGGCAUAGUUUGUUUCUCUCUGCGUGACAGGUUACCUUUGUGCCUCAUAGCCUGUUUUUCCACUGCUACAAAAUCUAGGGUUGACAGACUUGUAAAUUCUCUCAUAUACCUUUACAGUGAAUUUGACUUGUAACCCCGAGAAUGUGAGUGAGAGCCAGUAGACAUAUAAAUGCAGGUAUUUUGGCUGUGCUGUCUGACACCUGUGUACAUUAGAACAGCCAGAUGGAAUUCAUGACCUGCUUUCCAGGUCUAGUUUUAAUGACUUAGUGUAUCAGUUUAAAAAAAUGCUGCUUUCUUUUAGUAAUAAACUUUUUACAUGCAUUUCUUGUACAGUGGGAGGGGGACAAUACCAUUGUGGACUAAUCAAAACAUUGUGCCUUAGGAGACUGGAAUUUCAAAUUGGUUAUGAGGUAAUGUGCAAGCCUCAAAGACUUAUUUGUGAAAAGCCAAAUUUUCUAAUGCUGAAGUCUUUUGCGACAAAGGCAAUCUAUUUAUAAUCUUAAUUCUUUUUAUUUUGAUAUGUUUUGAUAUGUUGUAGACAUUGAAUGCAUGCUGUAACUGUCAGGCCUUUAACUCUGGACUGAAUUCACACAGGAUGUAAAUGAAUGUAAAAAUAAGCUACAUCACAACCUAGACCAUAGGU